AUGGAUGUGAAGGGCCUUGCCAUAUCUCACAUUAAGAGUCACCUUCAGAUGUACAAAAACAUGAAACAUCAAGAGAUGCAAGGUGAAGCUGCAAAUGGGAGAAAGAGAAACAGAAUUGAUGGUUCAGAUUCAACGAAUAUUCCUCAGCGAAACCUUGUUCAUCGGUACAGUCAUAUCAAAGGCAAAGCUGCCAUGUUUGAUGGUUCAGAUUCAAUAAAUUUUCCUCAGCGAAACCUUGUUCAUCGUUACAAUCAUAUCAAAGGCAAAGCUGCCAUGUUUGAUGGUUCUGAUCAAAUGAAUUUUCCGCAGGGAAACCUUGUUCAUUGUUACAAUUAUAACAAUGGCAAAGCCCCCAUAUUUAAUGGUUCCGAUCAAAUGAAUUUUUCACAGAGAAACCUUGUUCAUCGUUACAAUUAUAACAAUGGCAAAUCUGUGUUUGAUGCUCAUCUUAAUCCGACUGUAACAACUAACUAUUUGGACAAAAUUGCUUCCAGCUCUACUGCUUUUCCUCCUCCAUGGUUCGUCUCAUUUUUCUUCUCUUCCUUUUUCCUAUUAAAAAUGGAACUAUUUUGA